GGACAGAGAGGAGUUAUCAGCACAGGCAUACCCCCAGACUCACACAUCUCAGCUGAGCACACAGCAGGCAUGGCUGCAGUUCCUAUCUCCAGAAUCCUGCCCAUCGGGUUCCUUGCUCACCUGCUGCUCUUCUCUUUUCUUUCCCGCUCUGUUUGUGUGGCGUUCACUGAAGAUACUGGCAAACUGGGCAAAAUCAAUGUUCUUCAGAGAGGAGGGAACCAGUGGGCAAUCGGACACUUCAUGGGUAAGAAGAGCCUUGAGGACACAUACAGGUUGAGUGAACAAGAUCUGGAGGAAUCAGCUAUCUUUCCUCCACGCACUAUGGAAAGCCGGAGAGCCACCCUCUUACAGGAGCAGCACAGAGCAUUGUCACCCAACCAACUGCAGGGUGCACAGCGGAUACUAAGGAAAAUUCUGGAGCAGUAUUUUAAAAUGUCCCAGAAGUAAAGAAGAUAUUUAUUUCCCUGUAAUAUACAUUAUAUAUGUGUGUAUAUAUAUAUAUAUAUAUAUAUAUACAUACAUACUUGUGCCUGAGAUACUGAACUUGUUUCCGACAUUCCAAAGGCUAUUCUUUACAAAUAAAAAGAAAAUCCUAAUGAAAAUGAGAGUGUUUUCAUUCAAAAUUUAGAGUUCAUUUCAUAAUGUUGAAGUAGUAAUUCUCACCUUAAGCAUGUAUAAUUUUCUGCCAUUUUACAGUGUUCUUAGUGAACAAAUUAAUAAAAGACAUUAUUUGCACAAAACGUAUAACAUUACUCUCUGUAUUAAUGCAAUCUAUUAAUAUCUAAUACACAUUCAAAAAUUGUGAUAAAAAAUACAUUUAACACUUCCUAAUUAAAGGUCUUCCUUAGUUCAUGAGUUUAAAUUAUUCAGAGCAAGUGGAAAGCAGGGGAUGCGUUCAGCCAGAACAUCGACAGUCCGAAGGUAAGUAUCUGUGUUUCCCUUAUGGUUAGGGCCAGAGGGGGGUUAGGGUUAGGCACUGGGGGUUAGCCCUAGCAGCCACCCCUGGAGGGUUAUGGUAGGUGACUGGGGAGAGUAAAAAUACUUCCCCAUUCCGAUGUUGGGAUGCUGCUGUAGGUCAUGUGACCGCCAGCAUCCCGACCGCUGGGGUGCCAUAACGAGCCCAAAAGCAGAACCAAUGGGAACACUGCAAAUUUUGAAUCAGCUACAAGUAAACCAGGUGGUUAUAGGUAAUAAUCAUGCCUUGGAAGGAGUUUUCUGAGAAACUAUGGAGCAGAUGUACGAAGCCUUGUAAUGAGAUAAAAUGGAGAGUGAUAAACUACCACCCAAUCAGCUUCUGUCAUUUUUCAAACACAUGGCAGUUUGGCGCUGACUGGCUGCUACUUUAUCCCUCCCCACUUUAUCACUCUUGAAGGCCUAGUACAUCUCCCCCUUUAAUUAAAGGCCGAUUCUCCAGAAACUCCACCUGUUGGCGAGUAUGGUCUGUGACUUAUGUAUAAUGGGAUAUGUACACAGGCCCAUGGCACAAGGGACACCCCACUAUACACUGUGCAAUGCACCCAGUACACACUCUUCCAUUGUUACUGGGCUGCUUGGUACACCAUCUUUCAGGCAAUACUUUGUAAAGAUGGGGAUAGGAAAGCCUCUGGCUACCAUCUGCGCAUGUGCCAUCUUUUCCUAGACGGUGGCAGACAGGUAUUAGGUGUGCUUUGUUAAAACGUCUCUGAGUAUGGUACAUGCAUAUGCAGUGCCAUAACUAGACAUUUAAGUGCUGUGUGCAAGAAACAGCAUCGGCGCCCCCCCCCCUUAUUUAAAAUAUGGCCUCUGGGCACGUAGGCAUGCCCCAAAAUAUAUUGGGCAUGGCUUCAUAGGGGAGGGGCGUGGCCACAAAAUAAUACAGAUUCAUAUUACGCUGCACAUUAGUCUCCAUUAUUCAAAUUACGCCGCACAGUAGCGCCACUACACCAGGUAGAGCCCGUUUUACACAUUACACCAGGUUGAAUUCCCUUUUUACACAUUAUGGCAGGCAGAGUCCCCUUAUUACACAUUACGACAGAUAGUCCCCCUUUUUACACAUUACGGCAGACAGCGUCACCUUUUUACACAUUACGGCAGACAGUCCCCUUUUUACACAUUACGGCAGACAGCGUCCCCCUUUUUACACAUUACGGCAGACAGCGUCCCCUUUUACACAUUACGGCAGCCAGGUAGAGCACCUUACAUCACCCUCCCUACUCUUAUGGUGUAGUGUAGUGUACUGUAGUAAAGUGUACUGUAGCAUAGUGUGGAGUACUGAAGUGAAGUGUAGUGUAGCAUAGUGUAGUGUAGUGUAGAAUAGUGUAGAGUAAUGUAGUGUGUAUGCAUGUUCUGCCUUCCCUCCAGGUGAUUACUGAAAAGGAGAUGUGGUGCCCCAGUGUUAUAAUUACCCCUAAACAGCCCCAUUUACCCUAAUCCAGGAGAGGAGGGGGUUAAACAGAAAGAGACAUUCAUUUAAUGUUUAUAAUAUGCAGUUCUACUGCUGCCCUAGGCUCGGAGACAUUGGUGGCAGUGUGAGCGAAGCUAGCGCUGCCGCUGAGGUGAUCUGUUGAAAAAGAAGGAGCCGCACUGCGGGUUACUGCAGCGCUGACAGGCUCCAGCUACUCGUGCCUCCCCAGUGUUUACCUCCUGCUCCUGACGGAGGCGGAUCCAGCGGGGAAGCGGCAGCCGCGGUGGAGAACGCCGGAGGUCAGGGAUGACAGGCGGCCCAUGCUGAGAGGUGGUCCCAGGUUGUACUAGAGUGCAGUGACUGGCCUCCCCCUGUGCGGAGCGGAGGCGGAGACCAGGUGAUUGGGGCUGCAAGUAGCUGCAGGAGCGGGGGAAGCAUCCGUCGGUGGGGGGAAUGUGCGGCCACUCGGGGUGUAUGUAGAAGGUGCGCCCACAGGGCAAAUGUGCUGUGGGCAAUGCACCUUCUGUACACACCUAGUUAUGGCUCUGUGCAUACGUGCUAAUUCACUGUCUUUACUGCACAACGCAAACAUGGAUACUUAUUGUAACACUUGCCAAGGCUGGAGAUGCUGUACUGCAUACCUACUGCUGAAGAUAUGGCAAGUUAAAUUUAAAAUAUAUGGAACACUAAGAAUAACCCCUCUCUCAUCCCCCCCCCCCCCACACACACACACACCCCAAAAAAUGAAGGAAAGACGGAAGUUACCUUUUUAGGGCUCCGUGUAUAAAGCAAGCAAUGAGUAUUGCAGUGCAUAAGCUGUUUCCAUGCUGUGACGUUAUGUGACUGAAUUUUUAUAUUUUAAAUUGUGU